AUGGCCGGUGCCGUUCGGCAGCCAAUAAAUGUUGCUUCACUAUCCACUUACAUAGAGAAGAAUAUAGCCGACAUUAAAUUGCCUAUCAGCCUCAAGCAGUUUGGCUUUGGUCAAUCAAAUCCUACCUACCAGCUCAGGGCAGGCGAUGGAAGGAAAUAUGUAUUACGAAAGAAGCCACCGGGCAAGCUGCUUUCCAAGACAGCACACCAGGUCGAACGCGAGUUCCGCAUCAUCCACGCUUUAGAGAGCACAGAUGUCCCGGUCCCUAAAGCCUACUGGCUGUGCGAAGAUACUACGGUGAUCGAUACUGCUUUCUAUGUCAUGGAAUAUCUGGAUGGACGCAUAUUCGAGGAUGCAUCAUUUCCAGGCAUCAAUGCCGAAGAGAGAAACCAGAUGUGGCAGGAUGCUGUCGUGACGCUUGCGAAGCUUCACCGCGUUUCUCCUUCCUCCGUCGGCCUCUCGAGCUUUGGCAAGCACUCAGGCUUCUACGACCGCCAAAUCAAGACCUUCAGCACCAUCUCUGCGGCGCAAGCCCAAGCGAUCGAUGUCGAGACCAAGACUCGAGUAGGCAAGACUCCGCACUAUGAAGAUGUAGUGGAGUUCCUUCGAGAUUCAAAAAGCCAGCCGCAAGAUCGCGGCACAUUGAUCCACGGCGACUACAAGAUCGACAACCUUGUCUAUCACCAGACGGAACCCCGGGUAAUAGGCAUUCUCGACUGGGAAAUGUCUACAAUUGGCCAUCCAUUGUCUGACCUUUCGAACCUCCUCAGCCCGUACAGCUUCGCCGACAAUCCUCCUAAUGAUGCGCUGUCUGUCCGCACGAACCUCGCUUUCCGUCCGUCUUCCAGUAUUCCUGGGCUCCCUUCGCGCUCUCAGUGCGUGCAAUGGUACACUGAGGUCGCAGGCUGGGAUCCGAGCUCGGAGGUGGACUGGGGAGAUGCAUUCGCAGCGUUCCGCAAUGGUGUAAUCAUGCAAGGCAUCGCAGCUAGAUAUGCGCAGCGACAGGCCAGUAGUGAAAAGGCAAAAGAAAUUGGAGAUUUGAUGGGACCAUAUGGAGAAUUUUCAUGGUGCCUGAUUGAGCGAUGGAAAAAGAAAGCUGCCAAAGUUAAGGCAAAAUUUUAA